AGCAUAUAUCUGUAAGCCAUUUCCGGAGCUAUUUGUUUGUAUCGUCCACCUCGUCGACAAAUUGGAUAAGGCCCUGUCAAGAUUUUGCCGGGCGUUGCAUCUCCGACGAAUCGGAGGCGAUCUCAAUCCAGUAGCAGCUUUGCUUGGCUUUCCCUCGCGCCUUCUCGUACUCUUGCUAGUGUGUUCACAGUGUAGAUGUGUUCAACCGCUGAACUUUGUGAUGCAAAUCCAUCCCUCCUCGCAAAGGGGGAUAUCCGAGUUCUUCAACCGAUAUUCCAGAUGUACGGUCAAUGCCAUGCAUUCUCUGGACCUAUAGUCACACUCAAGGUGUUCGAGGACAAUGUGCUGGUGAGGGAGUUUCUCGAGUCACCAGGGGAUGGCCGAGUAUUGGUGGUGGAUGGUGGAGGGAGCAUGAGAUGUGCCUUAGUCGGAGGCAACUUGGGACAAUUAGCACAGAACAUGGGUUGGGCAGGCAUUCUUGUGAAUGGUUGCAUAAGGGAUAUCUACGAAAUCAAUGGUUGUGAUAUCGGAGUCAGAGCUUUGGGACCUCAUCCUCUGAAAUCAAACAAGAGAGGCCUAGGUGAAAAGCACGUCACUGUUAACAUCGUCGGCACCAUAAUCCAUGACGGAGAAUGGCUAUAUGCCGAUAGUGAUGGAAUUCUAAUUUCAAACACAGAGUUGUCUCUUUGACCUUCUCAAGAAGGUUCAACAAUUCGAUGGUACGUUUCUGAAAAUAAAUCAAAUAAUCCGUAAGUCAGAAUUGUAAUACUCACUGAUUUCUGUAUGGCCUCUCACAUAGGCAGUUGAAACCGAAAGAAACUUAUUUUCUCCUA